AUGCCGUUGCGACCCCUUACAUUUGAACGACAAAUAUCAUCAUUAACACAACAACAAAUUGUUGAUGUUGAUGUACAUAUUGCUCACCGACCACCAGAUCUUAUUCCAUCAUAUCACAAACAAUUACAAUCAUCAAUAUCACUUCCUCCACAUUCAAAAUCAACUAAUAUUUUAACAGCAAAAGGCGGCAAAGAGUUCUUUAAUAAUAAUAGUCCAUCACGUGCAAUUUUUGAUCAACAACAUAGUGAAUUUAGCACAGGUCCACCACCCACAUUUCGUACACAACAAAAUACUCAAUUUUCACAAGGUCCACCACAUUCAUUUCCUGCACAAGAAGAAGGUCAAAUCGAGCGUCAAAUAGUAGUACUACGUAAAAGAAUUAGAUUAGCAAUUAAAACUAUGGUCGCUAU